AUGUCCGCACAGACGGGCAAUACAACAGCUUCUGCUACACAACAACAGUCAAAGGCUAGUGGAUUGGGAUUGUUGACUGUGUUACAGACUGACUUGAGAUCUAUAUCACAAGAGGCAAGGACAAAGUUCCCUGCAAUAAAGGAUGCAAUCGAACGAGGUAUACUCAAACUUAAGUACAUCGAAGAUCAAUCAAACAACAAUGAGAACGUUAUACAAGCAUUGUCAAGGUCAGAAGAUGUUCUCAAGCCAUUCUUGUUGGCUUGUGAAUCAAAGAAUCAGAAGAUGAUAUCGAUUGCUAUUGGAUCAAUACUUAAGCUCAUAUCUCAAUCGGCAGUGUCAAUAAACACACUCCCAUCGAUACUUGCAAAGAUGGCCAUGCUCAUUGAUGUGGGAUCAGAGGAGCAGAUACAGUUGAAGGUGUUGCAGGGAUUGUUGAUCUUGAUCACAACGUUGCAUGAUCUUCAUGAUGACCUAUUGGCACAAUGCCUGGUGUUAUGCUUCCGUCUACACUCGAGCAAGAAUAGCUCCAUCCAAAAGACAUCGUCGGCCACAUUGCCACAGAUUAUCCGUAUCAUCUUUGAUAGAGUGGUUGCAGAGAUCAACCAGUCGCCACUGGAAGACGUCACAUCCGGCAUCCCACCAGUACUGCUCAGUGCUGCUGACGACUCGCCUGUGGCUGAGACUGUGGCGCCAGCCACUGACGAUCAGGCAGUCGAACAGCAUGAUGAGAACACGACGACUCAACAGGAUAGCGAGAACACGACUUCGACAUCGACAUCCACUUCGACAACGACUACAACACCAGCCACUCCAACAACAACGACGACGACAUCAGCCUCACCAAUGGCCAAUGGAAAGGCUGUUCAGGACAUUGUGGACAGCACCAGUGCAGCAGCAGUGCUGUCGCCAGCGAUUGGAAACAGAGCACCAAGCAGCCUGAAGCCAUGUGCACGCGAUGCCUAUCUCCUGCUUCAAGAUCUCUGCCACAUCAGUGGCGGUGACAACCCAGCCUGGCUUCCACCAACCACAUCCAUUGCUCGUGCAACUGGACUUGAACUGAUCGAGAUGAUCAUCUCGCUUCAUCAGAUAUUCACAGAGUUGGAAGAAUUUAGAUUCCUGCUCAAGGACAGAGUGUGUCCUUUGUUGAUCAAGUCAUUCAAGUUCAAGAUGGACUUCUUCCACACAGUGCGAUUGAUGCGCGUCAUUGUUCAGUUCAUCUCAAAGUACAGCGUGAUCAUGGUGACCGAAUCAGACGUGCUGCUCAACAAGUGCAUAAGGAUGCUCGAGAGCGACAACCCAUCGUGGAUGCAGGUGUUGGCACUCGAGUCUUUCAAGGUCUACAGCGAGGACCCAUCACUGCUGCGCAUGUUCUACAAACACUACGACAAGGACAAUAACGCCGCCAAGAUCUUUGAGAACAUGGCCUCCAACAUUGGCCGCUUCGUCCAGACACUGUACACAGUGGACAGCAGCAAUUACGUGUUUACCAACACGGGCAAGAACCGUCUGAUCGACCUGCUGUGGCAGCCAGAGCCGCCCCACGUCAAGGAGUCGUACAUCAUCUCGGUGUGCACCGAGUGCAUCACUGGCAUCGUCAACAGCGUGGCUGAGAUCAACAACCCUGAGCUGCGUGCACAGGCCAGCGCCGACGGCGACGACGUCUUCCCGCAGAUGGCCAAUUCAUGCUGGGUCUCGGUACUGGCUGCAAUCUCCAUGCUGCUGGGCAAGGCAGUCGACGAGACGCUCAUCCAGAUCAUUCUCAAGUCAUUGCAAUCAUUCACCAACACUUGUGGCGAGCUGCAUCUGUCAGCGCCACGCGAUGCUCUCCUCACAUGUCUGUGCAAGACAACGAUUCCGCCUUCACAGGACUCUGCGCUGAACGAGUCAGGCGAAGAGUCGGGCGGCCGCGGCGACAAGCUGUCCAACUCAUCAUCAGACGACAAGAAGGGACAGGCCAACGCGUCCGUCACCACACAGUUCUACCCAACCAACAAGAACAUCCUGGCCGUCAAGACAUUGUUGAACAUCGCGCAUUGCAUGGGCUCAGUACUAGACGAGGCCUGGAUACUAGUGUUGGAGACUCUCGAGGUGUGGGACCGCGUACUCAAGUCCAUGCACCAGUCACAGCAACAGGACGAGCGUUCGGCUACGGCUUCGUCCAGCCCGCGCAUCGGCCAGGGUGAGGUGCCCAUCCUAUCCACAGCGAUGAACAGUCUUUUCAAGUCCUCGUCUCAGCUGGACGAGAAGUCUGUCAACUUCUUGUUUGAGGCGCUGGCCAAGCUGUGCACCAACUCGCUCAACAAGUCACCCUCAGUGUACACCAACAUGUUUAGCAUCAAGAAGCUGGUGGAGGCGUCGCUGGCCAACCUGCAUCGCGUCGACAAGCUCUGGGGCUACAUCUCGACACACCUGGAAGAGACGUGCAACUACAAGAACAACUAUGUGCGCCUGUUUGGCGUCGAGUCGCUCACGACCAUCAUAAAAUCGGCGCUAUCACUGCCUGCGCCGCCCCAGCACGACGGCGAGGAUGAUGUCACACAGGAGGCCAGCUUUGCCACCCGCAACAUCUCCACCAACCUGAGUAGCAGCGCCGAGCUCGAGGAGGAGUACGUGCCCAUGACCAAGCGAUACCGCUCGUGGAACAUCGAGAAGAUGCAGGUGCAGUUCAUGAAUGCCAUUGAGGAGAUCUCGUUCUCGCAGCAUGUGGACACCAAGGAGAAGAUACUCGAGUCGAUCCAUCAGAUCCUGUCGUCGUCGGGUCAGACGCUGUCGACGGGCUGGCCCAUUCUGCUGUCCGUCCUGCUGCGUGUGGCCCAGAACAGCGAGAAGCCGUUCAUCCCCGUGGCCUUUGAGAGCCUCAAGUUGAUCUGCAACGAGUUCCUGUCGAACCUGACGCCCGAGUGUCUGGUGCUCACCAUCGAGGUGAUCCUGGCGUUUGGCUCGCAGCGUCCCGAUAUCAACAUUGGCCUGACGGCGAGCACGGGCCUGCUGCUCGAUCUCACCUACUUCCUGGCCAAGGAGAAGGAGUUGGCCACGUCCAAGUACAACACGACCACAAUCGAUGAGAUCAAUCAGAUGAUUGAUGCAAUGGAUCUCGGUCAAUCUGAUGAGCCAACCUCCACUCCAGUCGCGACCACCUCCAACAAGGUGCGCGCACGUCCCAAGAUCCCACUCACAUCGCCAUUCUUUACUGAAAGACAGAGGAGUGUACUGGACAGGAUGUGGCUCUGUGCCUUCUCGUCCAUGAAGAUCCUAUGCAUCGACUCUCGACCCGCCAUUCGUAAUGGUGUCAUCGUCUCAUUGUUCCAGAACCUUGCCACAUUCCUCCAUCUCUUGGACAAGGAGUUGAUUGAGACAAUCCUUUGGAAGAUCCUGUUCCCCUUGAUUGAUGAGGUUAAACAAUGCACAGACCUGGCCGACAAGGAUCGCAUUGACUCUGACCUUGGCAGUGGCGUCCAGCUACUGGUACAUCACAGCAGGAACACAGCACAGAAGCAAUGGGAUGAGACAUUGGUCAUACCAAUCAGCCGAAUGAUCAUCACUUUUAAGACAUUCUUUGAUACUUUGUCACAGUUGCCUACGUUCAACAAGGCCUGGGAGAGAUUGUUGGAUAUCUUGGAGACUGAGUCCAAGUCGUCGAGCAAGGAGGUGUCAAUGGCAGCCAUCACCUCGCUACACGAGAUUGUCAACUCAUCGAUCACAGACGCGACACAUCCCGACCUGUGUGAAUCUGUCUGGGAGACCCUGUUGCGUCUGUCCACACGCCUGACAGACCCAGCCGAGAACAAUUCCAAAACACUGUUUGUGUACAUCAAGGUGUUCACUGACCUCUUCCACAAGGCCAAGGCCACACUCGACCACGCUCAAAUGAUCCGUGUCCUCCAGAUCAUCUAUCCUCUUGGCCUCUACAUCUCAGAGUCCCCAUCCGAGAUAUCCAAUCCACAAGUCCACAUGUUACAAUUAAUCAAAUCAUUGCUUCCAAUCAAGGAGGAAUUAUUCCCAUCAGUCGUAACCAUUCUGUUAAAGUAUAUAUCGAUUGGAAUUCAAUAUGACUAUGCACCAACAGCAAGUAAUGUUAUAUUCCCAACAGCACAUAUCACCAAGGAUUUGGUGUACUACACUGUCAUCACAGAGAAGUCCAUGGAGUUGAUCUGUGAGCUGUUCCAACACUCAUCCACCAACAACUCAAUGCGAGCAUCCAUCUACGAGGACAUACUCAAAGUGUUUGGCGCUGCUAUGAUGACCAAGUAUUCCAAGUACCAUUCAAACAUUUGGAAGAUAUCUGUAUUAAAUCUGAUCAAAAUACUACCUCAAGGAUUGUUGUCAAUCAAUGAGGACUCUGGAACAUUGAAUGAUAUUAAGAGGAACAUCAUUUGGACUGAACUCAUUGAUUCGAUACAGACAUUCAUUCUGCAUGAACGUGUGGGCGCCACGACAAUGUCGCAGGAGAAGAGGAACGAAGAGGAUCGCUACGACGUCGACCUGAUCAACGCGAUCUCCAACGAGAUGGUCUGCUUCUCUGGCAUACGUGUAGAGCGCGUAUCAAUCAUUCGCGAUCGUCUCGUGGAGAUACUGUGCGAGGGAUCCAUGCUCUCAUCACAAGGCCGUGAGAAGGUAUCCCAAGCAUGCUACCAAAACAUGUUCUCAAUCUGCAGCAAGGCAUCGUCUGCCAACCCCGAGAGCAUAGAGAUUGCCAAGAUCAUCAUGCCAGUCAUCCUCAAACGAUGCAAGGAUGUUCUUCAACGCUUUGUUAUCGAUGAGAGACAGAGUGGACAAUGUCCACUUCCAAGACAUAGAUUGACAGAGGUAUCAUUCAUAUUGAGAGAGAUACAGAACUUGCAGUUGGAACAGGGUAUCUAUCAACCAUCAAAGAAUGUCAACAAGAGAGAAGUGGGUAGAAGACCACAUCUGAUGGAGUUGUUCACCAUCCUAAGUGAUUGUAUAUGUACAUCUGAGAAGGAGGUCAAGGAGUUGCUAAAGAACAUAUUCUACAUAGUGGCAAACGAGUAUCUCUUCUUGGAGUAG